GAGUGUCCAAUAUGCAAUGAGCGGGCAGAUGGAGAUCAUGAUCGAGCCGAUUACUGCCAGCCUCUCCCUCAGCUUCGACGGCUUCAGUAGAGGCAGCGAAAGCAUGUUCGGCGAGAAGAGCCAAUCGCGUGUUCGUCUGACCGGGAACCCGCUCGCGAAGGCCAAGCAGCUGGGCACCAGGCUGCUGGAGGCGGGGACAGCGAAGCUCGGUGAGCUCAAGACGACUGUUCAGAGCUUUGGCAGCGAGGCCAUGAAAUUUAUCAGUGAGGUGCCUGGCAAGAUCAUGGACUGGCUGAAGGACUUGUUGGAGCUCAUCCCCUGCGUAGAUGCAGAUGUGCUCAUGCCAAAGAUACGGGGCGGAUCGACCGUCAUGCUCAAGUUUGGCUUGCAUGAGAUGGUGAAGCUGGCCUUAGAGAUGGCCGUAGACAAGGGCACCGAGCUCGCGGAGCUGAAGCUGGUGGGUGAGAUCGAGGGGCACAGGUCGGACUCCCAGCAAAAGCUGGAUACGGUCCGCAGCUUCUUCGUCGAUCCCUUGGAUGCCAUCGAUUUCGACUUGAUUCUCGACCAGGUGAUGCCGCCUUCGGACAUCUCGGAGGUGUACAAGACUGUUCGUGCUGAAGCGGGAGAUGGCUUCAAGGACGCCGUCGGCACCCUCAAGUCUUCCUUCGAGCAUGGCGAGGGUCUCGUGGACAAAGUCGCCAAGAUCGUGAAGGACUUCACGAGGAACCAGCUGCAGAAUGUCGCCAACAAGAUCAUCAUUGAGAUCAAGGAGUUCGAGGAUGUGGAGGUGGAGUUUCCGCCGGUCCCAAAGCAUCGCACCUCAAAAAUGUGGGCCAAGAUCAAGAAGAUGGGGCAGGAAGCGAAGAAGGCGCUGUCCACUCACACCGGCCAUUUCGCGAAGCUGGGGAAAAUGGCCGUCCAGCAGAGAAAGAACCCCAAAAAGGAUGUAGGCAGUUGCUUUGUAAGCAAGACCGCCCUGGCACAAGUAUGUGAAGCCCUUGCCUGCAUCGAGCUUUUGAAACUCUGGCGCCUCCACUUGGUUGUGGCGCCGGCCCGUGCUGUGUGUUCGCAGGUAUUGAAAGCCUUCAUCAGCGAAACGAAGGCCACGGUGAGCCAGAAGAUGGAAGCGAGAUCACAACAGUUUCAAACAAACUUCAUGGAGGCGUGGAAAAUAGACCUGCAAAAGCUCGCUGAUCUGAAGGAUGCCGCGAAGGAGAUGGCCUUAAAGCUCACGCAAGAUUUCAUCGUGGAGCCCCUGCUGACCAAGACGACCCAGAUGGUCACGGACCUCAUUCAGGAUUCUGGUCGGAUGUUUCUCUCGGAGGCGAGAUCCACACUUGCGGAGGCCCCGGUCUGGGGCACGGCCCUCGCCAAGCUCCCGAAAGAUGCCGGGGCCAGCGCCGAGGAGCUCAAGGAUACCAUCAUCGAUGAGGUCUUCGUGGCAGCGGAGAAGUCUCUGAUGGAGCUCUCCGAGCUGGCCGCGGGCAAGUGGGAGAGCAAGGGCCGCGCGGUCUCCAGGGAUCUCCUCGCAGGAAAGAUGCCCACGCUGAAUCUGGAAUCCAUCAAGGCAGCCGCCCGGACAGCGCGCAGGAGCACGGGGACCAGCACGAACGAUGUGUCCAUCAUGAGCAAGCUCAAAGAGGAGAUACACAAGCUGGGCGAAAAGGCCAAAGAGGUCUUCGAGGAUGGAAAGGAUGACCUCAAGCCCGUCGAGGAGGAGGUCAAGGCCCUGCUGAAGGAGAAGGUGCAGGAAGCUCGUGAGGACCUGAAGACGAAGUUGCGCCUGAAGCUGGAGAGCAUCCGCGACGAGGUGGCCGGCGCUGGCAUCCCUCUCACGGAGGAGGACCAGGAGAAAAUCAUCGAGAUGGUGGACGAGCACGUCCUGAAAAGAAUUGAGAACCUGGACAGCUUUCCAAAGCUGCACAAGGCAGGAAAACAGAUCUCCAAGGUGACGAAACACUUGGAUGGCAAAGAGAUGCAAGGCGUCUUGAUGGAGCAGGCGAAGGCCAUGCUGAAAGCGCAAGCCCAACGCGUCAUGACCGAGGCAAUCGAGCGGCUGAAGCCCCAGGUGAAGCAACGCCUGGUGCAACUGGCGACGGAGGUCGUGCUGGACAUGACCGGCCUCGGAGGGGACGGGAACGACCCGGGCGUUUCGAAAGUCUUGAACGACUUGCUGGAGUUCUUCCCCGAAAACGAGACAGUUGCCGCCGCGGCUGCCGCGGCCGGUGCCGUUGCCAAGGGCGUCAAGGGUGCCGCUCAAGGUGGCAAAGCGGGUGGCAAAGGUGGCGCUUCUGGGGGCGCGGGUGCCUACUUCAGCACGGGUGGCCUCAUCGACUCCAUGAAGAAGAUGGUGAAAGGAAAGGGCCUCUCCAAUAUCACGUCGAAGGCCAACGAGAUCAUGGGCGGCGUGGACCUUCCGGACCUGUCAGCCCUUGUUCCAGGUUUCGACGAGACGCCUGACAUCGCAAGCCUCCUCGAAGGUAUGAUGCAGGGGGGUGGUGGUGCAGAGUUCCCCGCCGAGCUGAUGGGGACAGGCAUCUGCGAGGGUGAAGACCAGCACAAGCUGAUGAAGCAUCUGAACGGUACGCAGGAGUCCGUGGCCAGGAUCAGCGACGCAGACAUGGUCAAGGCUUUCUUCCACGCAGGCGAAAUCUCCUGUGAUGUCACAGAGGCUGGCGAGAUCGUCGCCGCUGUCUUUAGCGACAUUCUCGACGUGGGCGAGCUCGUGCUGGACUUCAUCACCAUCGUGAAGAGGCUGCCCUUUGUGAAGAUCAUCGCCGAAAUCCUGGAGCCACCCAUCAAGAUGGUGGCCAAGGCGCUGAAGAAGAUAUUGGGGAAAGUCAAGGACUUCUUGGAAGACAAGAUGCUGCCCAAAACAGAAAAGCUUUGCGAGUUCGCCGCCGACCUGGCGCUGAAGCUGGACUACUUGAGGACGGCGGUGGACAUGUCCAAGGUGGCAGCUUUUCCCCCAUUUCCACAACUCAAGCAGAUCGGUUCCGCCAUCAUGGUUUGUGAAUGGAUGCCCCCGCUCAUCGGCGUGAUGGAUUUUGCCAUGAAAGCCAUCGCAGAGAUGACCACUUUCGGGGGUAUGGACUCGAAGUUCUUGUCCACCAUUACCUUCUGGGUCGAGGAGUGGUUUCCAAGGCCUCUCAUCGAUGCCUUCAAGGGCAUUGCCUCCGCAUUCAACAGCUUCAUGGGCCCAGUGAGGUCGGUCAACAAGUUCUUGAAAAAGAAGCACAAGGUGUGCCUUCUGUGGGAGUGCUUCACCUUUUCGAUCAGAGGCCUGCUGCAGAACCUGAGCGGCUUCUUGCAAGACAUCUUCGACUUUGCCCUGUCGCCCUUCAAGAAGCUCAUCCGCGAGCUCACGAAGCCGAUGACGGACCAGAUCAAGAAGUGGCUGCUGGACGCGCUGCCCAUCCCCAAGAUCGACGCGGCCUCGGAUUUGAAGGACAUGUUCAACUCGGAGCCAGUGCAAGAUAUCAGGGAGAAUGGCUUCGCCGGAAAGGUAGACGAAGCAGUGACGGCAGCCAGAGAAGCCACCAGCUACUGCUAUUCCUACGGCACCGUGGUCCCUGCGGAGGCUGCCGUGUGCAGCGAUCUCUCAAGAUAUGUCUCGAUGCCGUUCCAGUGCAUGGAGCUGUGCCAGGAGUGCCCGGGUUGUGUGCGCUGGACAUUCCUCAAGGAGUCGGAAAGUCCGCCGAAGGGAAGAUGCAGGUUGGCGGAUAGCGAGGCCUUCUACGUCCAGUCAGAAGACGACUUGGAGCACGUGAGCGGCCCGCAGGCGUGCCGGCCGGAGAAGGACUACGAGCCCAGUGACUUCGACCCAUCGCCUGAGAUGAGCCUCUGCUCUGACAUGGGCGCGGUCCCAAACGCUGAGGACCUCGACUCGUGCAAGAAGGCCUGCUACGCGGACAAGACUUGCAAAGCAGUCCAGAUUUUGGGAGGACUUUGCCACAUUGGCAUUGGCGAGAACGACUGCUUUGGUGAUGAUGUGGAAACGUCGCUCCGAAAGACACGGUCAGCGGCCGAGGCCGCCGCAACGCAAUGUGGCGCUGCGAGAGGCAUCCAGAGCACCAUGGAACAAGCUCGUGAUGCAUGUCAGGGGAAUCAGGAAUGCGUGAAUGAAGCCCUGACGCACGCCAACAAGGCCAACAGAAUGGUAGCGUGGCGUGCGCUCCUGAGGGGUAUUGCCAUAGACGCUGGCCGUAUCGCAGUUCUCUUGCUGGGUGACAGCUGGGGAAAGAGCGCACGUACUGAUUGUGGGAACACAGAGAGCACAGAUUGGAAAGUGCUGGUUGAGGAUUGCGGGGCUGCCCGGGUUCGAGUUUUCGAUCAACUAGAGCAGAUCGCCCGAUUGAAUCAGUCACUGGCAGUUUGUGAGUGGAAGGCGGAGCAGUGUGCGCAGGGACCUGCUUACACCCAGCUGAGUCUGUCUUCCUUGUGUCUGGGUUUCGCACUCGGAGCUUUAGCCAUUCUAGCGUUGCAGGCUACUCGGCUGCAGGCUGCCGUUUCUUUACCGGUCACCAAGGGCUGCCCUGUCGCUGCGGGUCAGGCUGUGACUUGGGCUCGUGAGGGCCUGAAACGUCGAGAGAUCUCAGAGACUGACGACUCCGAUGGCGGCUGCAUCGAAGAGGUGGCUCUUGCAACGCCAGACCGCGACAUUAACGACACAGUGCUUGAAGUCGGGGACACCUUUUCCGAAGUCAUCCGAAUGGAUGGCGACCGCCUGCCAAGGAGGAUACGGGAGCGAGACACCUACUUACCCCGGCACAGUGGGGGAGGCGAGCUUGGCACAGAUGAGUUGAGAUCGCUGACCGCCCAAGCAGAGGCCAUGGUUGAUAGGAUAGCUCCUGGAGACGCACGCAGGCGGGUCACUGGAAAAGUGGGUCGUGACGGCCGGGUGCAUGGCUUGGGUUUGGCCAGCGGGGCUGACCCCCAGUCAGCCGAUAGCCGGCGAGACCGCGACUGCUGGAUGGUGGUUUUCGACGAUGGAGGCUCCAGUGUGGGAGAAGAGAGAUCGCCAGCUUUGGAGAAUGGGUCAGAGGUGGUCCUUGGUGGGGAACGCUAUGCCAUCUGGCAGGAGGAUGGACGUGUUUUCAUGGCCAAGCAGGUGCAUCGCGGACGGUUGGCCGCUCUGGCCGACCUGGCCAAGCAGUCAACAAGCGCGGCCCCAGCCGCAGAAAGAGACGUCCGCAUCCUGCCCGUGCUCUUUGAUGUGGCCGAUGAGAGAUGGCGAACCAUCACAGAGGCUUUGCCGGAACUGGAUGAGGCGGACUUUGCGGACUGGCCCCUCCAAGGGCCCCGGACCCUCUUUCGUGACCUGCGUCAACUGCGUAGGCUAGGCACCGACUUCGUUCAACACCACGAAGGUUGGGUGAGGAAGAGCGGGAUCAGGCCGACUGACCGCUCGGUGCACGAACACCUCGCCAUCUGCCGCGCCCUGAAUCUUCUCGUGAGUUAUGACCAGCUGAACAUCGUCAACAUCGCUGGGGCGGAAGCUUUGAACCGCAGACGCACGCUGAUCGAGAUGGCGCACCAGGGACGGCCAGAGGCUCCUUCUUAUGCAGGAGCUGAGGAGGUGUUAGGGGUCCGUGAGAGCACGGACGGCUCGGUGGUUGACCCAGCCAUCACAGCCUACGCUGCGAAGAGGCAGGCAGCAAAGGCCGAGAUCCAGAAACAAAGGCGGCUGGCGGCGGAGGAGCAGCGGGCCGUGAGCGCAAGUGACGACAAGAACUACAAGGGAGGCGGCCGGGGGUCGGGCAGAGGAGCCGCGGAGAUGCUUUGGGGAGGUGUUUCCACUGCCUGUCCACCCGAGAGUGAGAGUGCCCAGGCAGCGCUUAGGCAGCUGCUGGCAAAAAGGGCCGGCUAUUCAGUCGGCCCAGGUGCUUUAGCCAGCUUCGUCAGGGAGCGAGUCUCGCUCCCGAGAGGGCAAGGCGAACCGGUGCAGCUUGUGGACAUCCUUCCUGCCGCAGAGAGAAGCAGACUGGAGCGCUUCCAGACUGAGAUGCUCCUGAGCCCGGAGGAGGUUGGUCUAUUUGUGGUGACAAAGAAAGCGGACAAGCAGAGGAUGGAGGUAUCGAGGGAGGGUUUCUUUGUGGCGCAGGAAGAUGUGAGGAACUUCUUCUACAGACUUGGCAUAUCGAAGGAGCUAGGUGAGUAUUUCGCGUUGCCGGAGGUCGAUGCAGACCUGUUGGCGCAAGAAAUGGGAGAGCUGCCGAGUGAGGCGAGCGUCCUUGCUUCCAAGGGUCAUCGUAUUUAUCCUCAUUUGCGAGUUCUGCCGAUGGGGUUUUCCUGGGCAUUUCACUUAGCCCAUGAAGCUCAUGUCCAUCUCGCAAAGGAGGCCCUUCCUGGCGUCCCCGUGGCGGUCGACAGAAGGCCUGCUCCAACUUUGACGCCGCAGGCGAGGGCCGAGAGUGCGAUGAUGAUUUAUGCAGACAACAACAAUCAUGUGGCACUCUCGAGCAAGAGGGUGUCAUCAGACCAAAAGAUCAUGAUGGACAAGCUGCAUGAACACGGACUCGCUACGCAUGAUAUCACGGAAGCGUCCCACAUUGCUGAAAGUCUAGGCGUGAGAAUCGAUGGGCUAGCAGGGCGAAUCACUGCCACUCCAGCACGUGAUUGGAGGCUGUGGCGAGCUCUGCAGGCCCUGGAGGCCAGGCCCUUCAUUUCCGGUGAGGAGCUGCAAGUGGUGCUGGGUCACAUGACUAUGAGAAGCAUGUUGAACAGAUCACUGUUGAGUAUCCUCAGGCAUGCCUAUGUCUUCGUUGCGCAGUGCUACAAGAAGAGGACACGGCUGUGGAGAAGCGUUGCGUUAGAGAUGUAUCUUUUCCGAAGCCUCAUGAUUCUGGGAGAGGCGAAUGUGAUGGCUGAGUGGUCAACAGACAUGUUCUGCACUGAUGCCAGCCUCUCUGGUUAUGCUGUUAUGUGUCGCCAAUGUCCACAGGAGAUCCCGAUGGAAGUGCGCAGCUUCGACGAGAGGUGGCGCUUCAAGAGGACCGAGGGGACACGGGUGGCACCUAGGAGAGCAGCGUUGGAGGGCAUGGAUGUUUUUGAAGAUGUAGAGACAGUCUUGCCGAAUUGUAUGGGGGAAGUCCGUGGGCCACAUGCAAUACAGAGCAGCUUUCCAGAAGUACCUCAAGGGUUGAUGGAGCAGUCGCAUUGGCAGUGCCUCUGGGCGGCUCAUAUGCAAUUCUCAGAGCCCAUACAUCAGAUCGAGGCCAGGAGUGUCCUAUCUUUAGUUAAACAUCUGGCAAAAGAUCGGCGAUUCCACAACAGGAGGGUAGCGGCUUUCAACGAUAACAUGGGGGUCGUGCUUGCUGUUUCAAAGGGUCGCUGUGCGAGCUAUGGCCUACUCCGACUUUUGAGGCGCAUCAGCGCGCACCUUUUGGGCACGGGCAUUCGCCUGCACCUCAGGUGGGUGCCGUCGGAGGUCAACACCGCAGAUGUUGACAGCCGCAGAUGGGAGGCGAGCCGGAGCCCAGUCGAUGCAAAGAAGGCCAGCAAAAAGGCGCGUGGAGAUUUUCAGCAAGAGCGAGGUGGAAAUCUCAAACAAGAGGUGCAGACAGCCAGAAGUGGUCUCAAGAAGAUGGUGGAUGCGCACAAGAAAAAGAGGCAGCGGGCCAUGAAGCGGAAAAUGAAGUACGUGAAGAGAAUGAGAGCCACGCGCGGGGAGAAGUCGAUCCUGGAGGUGAACAGCGUGAAGGAGCCACAGAGGAAAGACUACUCGCGUCGGCUUCAAAGGUUCUUUGCGUUUGCCGACCACUUCGAGUUCGACAUCACGACGGGGAAAGGUCUCGACGAAGUGCUGUGCGAGUACAGCGAUGCGCUCUUCCUGGAAGGGGAAGAUGUCAACAGUGGUCAGAAGCUGUUGGCGGCCCUAGAGUUCGACAUGCCGGAAUGGCAUCGCGAAGGUGCCCUGAACUUGCCAAGGUUCAAGCGGGCGCUGAAAGGUUGGCGCAAGCUGGCGCCGCCCCAGAGCCGUCUUCCGCUUCUCGAGUUCCUGAAGGGAGCUAUCUCCGGAGUGAUGAUGUUCUUGAAACAGAAGGAGAUGGCGCUGAUGAACGAAUUCACGUUCUCCACAUACGCCAGGCCGGGAGAGACAUUCUUGAUGGCCGUGGAUGUGGUGCCGGGAAAUCGAGACUUCGAGCGAACCGUGGUGCUCCUCAGCCCUCUGGAGCGAGGGGAGUCGUCAAAGGCAGGGGUCUACGACGAGACUUUGAUCCUAGACGACCAGCGGGCCCCAUGGCUGGAGAAGCUGUUGAGGGAGCACGCCACAGCGCAGCUGCAGAAGUCUGGGAAGGACGCUCAUCUGUGGACGUUCACGGCGAGCGCCUACCUGAAGACAUGGCGGCUGUGUGUGGAGAUCCUCGACAUUGGUUCCCUGGCGCUGAGUCCAUAUCAGAACAGGCACGGUGGAGCAAGCCGCGACCAUCUGCAGAAGCUCAGAAGUGCUAUGGACAUACAGAGACGAGGUCGGUGGUCUUCAGAGACCAGUGCCCGCAUCUACGACAAGCCAGGACUCCUGCAGAAGGCGAUCAACAAGUAUCAAGGGGAUUACCAGGCUUUCGGCGAAGAUGUGAGGAGUAGCAGCUUCCUGAGCUUGUUUGGAGGGGAGGCAAAGGGCGCAGAGUUUGUAGCAAGUCAAGGAGGCAUUGCCAUGGUGGUGGAUUUUGCGCACUCAUCUCAGAAUGAUUUGUCCAAGCCAAGGGCGUGGAACGAUUUGUACAAGAUACUUCCUGAUUUUGAUUUUGUGGGGGUUGAUUUGCCUUGCGAGACCUUCAGCCGGGCGCGCCGGGCUCCUGCUGACAGCCCCAUGCCUCAGGCCUUGCGGGGAGACAGUCCGAAACAUAUCUUUGGCCUGAGCAUGAAAGACGCCGAAAAGGUGCGGAAGAGCAACAACAUGGUUUGGGGUGCCAUUAGGCUGAUCAAAAAGUCCCUCAAGAUGAACAUCAGUGGCUAUUUGGAGACCAAACGACGACAUGUGCAACUCACGGGCGUCGCCUACGGCAAGUUCCUCACGGAGGUGCUGGCCAGUGACGCAUCGCUCGCGAAGCUGGCGAGCCGUACAGGAAGCACCAAACUAUGGGAGGUGCUGGCCAGUGACGCAUCGCUCGCGAAGCUGGCGAGCCGUACAGGAAGCACCAAACUACUGAUGGACACGAAAGCUCGUGCACAUAAAAUCUGGGAGUGA